ACACACACACACACACACACACACACACACACACACACACACACAAUUAUACACAAACGAAGAAACAAACUGUCGAAACAUAAACACAACAAACUCUCAUUACAAAUUGCUAAUAAGUGCACAAGAGACGAAGAAGAAUAAGACGAUGAUGAUAAUCCAAAGAUGUGUAUGCAUAUGUGCAUAUAUAUUGAUGAUCGGACUACUCGACUCCACGGAGGGGCGGCCGCCGCCCCCUCGCCGGAUUCUGUUGGAUACCGAUGUCGACACCGAUGAUUUAUUUGCACUCCUAUACAUUUUGAAGCUCAAUAGAUCGGAAUUUGAUUUGCAGGCGGUUACGAUAAACACGAACGCGUGGACCAAUGCGGGCCAUGCAGUGAAUCAAAUUUACGACCUACUUUACAUGAUGGGGCGAGACGAUAUAGCCGUUGGAGUCGGGGGCGAAGGCGGAAUACUCGAAGAUGGCACUAUAUUGCCCAAUGUUGGUGGUUAUCACCCCAUUAUCCAACAGGGCAUUGGUACAUCCGGAUAUUGCAGAUAUAGACAAGCUAUUCCUGUAGGUCAAGGAGGAAUUUUAGACAUUGAUUCAAAUUUUGGUUUCAGAAAAAGCUUUCUUCCACAGGGGAAGAGGAGAUAUUCGCCGAUGCGUCAGCCGACAGCUCAGCAAGUGAUGAUAGAAAAAAUAUCCCGUGGUGCAAUAACCGUGUUUCUAAUUGGUGCUCAUACAAAUUUAGGUGUAUUUAUAAUGAGUAAUCCACAUUUGAAGAAGAAUAUUGACCAUAUAUACAUUAUGGGCGGUGGAGUGAAGUCGAAAAACCCGACCGGUUGUUGCCCAAAGAACUCGAGCUCGUCGUGUAGGCCCCGUCAGUGCGGCGAUAGGGGGAAUAUAUAUACCGACUACACUUCUAAUCCUUAUGCCGAGUUCAACAUCUUUGGAGAUCCUUUUGCUGCAUAUAAGGUGAUUCAUUCUGGAAUCCCGGUUACACUCGUUCCACUCGAUGCCACAAACACCAUUCCGAUAUCGAGCAAUUUUUUCCAACAACUCGAAAAAAAUCAGAACACGUACGAGGCACAAUACUGCUUCAAGUCCUUGAAAAUGGCUCGCGAUACUUGGUUCGACGAAAACUUUUUCACGAGUUACUUUAUGUGGGAUUCGUUUUUAUCCGGAGUGGCUACUUCGAUAAUGCUGAAGCCAAACAACGAAAACGGAGAUAACGAAUUUGCGGAGAUGAAGUAUAUGAAUAUAACGGUGAUCACUUCGAACGAGCCUUAUGGAUUAUCUGACGGAUCGAAUCCAUUAUUUUACGGAUUAAAAAAGCCGAAAUUCGGAUUAGAUAGAAACGGUGUUCAUAGCGGACAUGUUCAGACAGGUCUUCGAGAUCCGUUUUGCGUUGUCGAGAAUGGCAAGGGCAGGUGCAAGGAUGGAUAUACGGAACAAGUUUCCGGUCGAGGUGGAGUUCGAGUUCUCGUUGCUGUACGAGCAAAGACUAACCGCGAUAAAAACAGUUCGUUGAACAGAGAAUAUUUCAGAAGCUUCCUAAAUGUUUUGAACAGCAAACACCAAACAGGAAAGUUCAAUUUCACUACACAGUUUCCUCAUUACAGAGAAAUCUUGUACAAACCGGAUUUUAACGGAAUAAAGCUCGGUAACAACGUCAUUUUCGACAUGGAUAUGAGCGCCGGAGAUUUCUUAGCCCUCUUUUACCUCCUCAAAUUACCCGUCGAACAAAUUAAUCUCAAGGCAAUAUUAGUAACUCCAAAUGGAUGGGCAAAUGCGGCAACGAUUGAUGUCGUCUAUGAUCUACUUCAUAUGAUGGGGCGAGAUGAUAUACCCGUCGGAUUAGGUGACGUUUUUGCCCUCAACCAAUCGGAUCCCGUUUUUCCAGCUGUCGGUGACUGCAUGUACAAGAAAGCUAUCCCGCAUGGCAGUGGCGGAUUUAUCGACUCGGAUACACUUUACGGGCUGGCCCGCGAUUUGCCUCGAAGUCCUCGAAGGUAUACAGCAGAAAAUUCAGUUAAAUUCGGAGCUCCAAGAAACACUUCUAACCCUGAGCUUAGACAGCCACUAGCUCUUGAAAUUUGGCAAUCGGUUACAAAAUCACUCGAAUCGGGAUCCAAAAUUACGAUUUUGACAAACGGGCCUUUGACUAAUGUUGCACAAAUUAUUCUUUCCGAUAAAAAUAUAAGUUCUCUAAUUCAGGAUAUUUUCGUAGUCGGGGGACAUAUCACGAGCAACAACGUAACGAGUAAAGGAAACGUGAUGAACAUCGAUUCGAACCAAUAUGCGGAGCUGAAUAUAUUUCUUGAUCCUUUGGCAGCAAAGAUAGUUUUUACUUCAAGAUUCAACAUCACUCUAAUCCCACUCAACGUUCAACGUAGAGUGAGCCGAUUCCGGAAAGUUCUAGAAACUCUCCGCCUCGCAAAGAAGACUCCGGAAGCUCUAUUCGCCACUCGUUUGCUCUCAAGAUUGCAUCGCUUAAAGACCACUCAUCCUAGAUAUCGACACAUGGAUAUAUUUUUAGGGGAGAUUUUAGGGGCAGUGGUCCUAGGUGGCAACACUUCGUUCUUGAAGACGAGCUAUGAAGUAAGAAACGUUGAAGUGGUGGUUAAUGGCGCGGAAUCGGAAAAUGGAGAGACGAAUAUCGACGAAAAUAAAGGGAGGUUAGUGAAAGUAUUGCAAGAUUUGGAUUGUUUGGCUUAUUAUCAUAGUUUUGCUAAGCAACUUGGUUAUGAGAAACAAUCUGCUGUAAUUCGAAGCUUUGAUGAACAAAGAAGAUUAUGGAGUAGUGCCCCAUAGUUUUUUUU